UGCCAAUUUAGGCCCUACUGUUUCUCUUGUCAGUUGUCCUGUAUUGUUGUAUAGUAAUGUAUAUUGUGCCUUGUUCUCUGCUUUAUUGUCGCUGGAUGUUACUUUUACAUUAAACCUGCUUGCAUUUGGAAUGGAUCCUACCUGACAACCUCGCAUAACACUAUCACAAUUAUGGAAAAAACAAGCAACAGAAAGAAAGCGAGGUAGAUGAAAGUAACAAGGAAAUCAUUGUUGCAAGUGUCACCGAUAUGAACUUUCUAAGGCAAGACCACGAUUGUCCUUCUAUCUGACCUCCGGUCCACACCAUCACCCUAGCUGAGAGAAUGGACGUCCAGUGCUAACUCACACUCCAUAAGGUAAACUAAAGCCUUUAUCUGUCCAUUCUCAGCAUAGCGUUUCCAGGCCACAGCAGCUAUCAGCAGGGAGUCUGAAAUAUUCUUCACAUGAAUGAAAUCCAGUCACACUCACAACCCUGUCUCAAAAUAUAUAUUUUUUGUCUUUUCCUCUUGUUGUGGGCCACACUGAAAAGAUUGCCUGAGAAAUACAGAAAGGAACACGCACCAAAUUGACAUGGAGAGAAUCGAGACUACGUGGUUUGACCGUUCAGCAGCGUGUUCAGAGAAGAUAAUGGAAGAAAAUAUGUUUCACUGUGUAGCUUCACUCUAAAGGUCAUUUAACCGGAAUGUUCGGGGUUCUAUACCAGUUCUAAAACAACUUAGCUGUGUGUAUAUAAUGCAUUUGAAACUGAAAUCUAUGGGACAAGACAUUUCACUGCAAUGAUUUUAAUUUCAAAAUUUAUAGCCAAAAGACUUGUGCACUACGAUCACUUACAAACCUUCUAUGAGGAAUAUUAUUUUGUGAACUGCAAAGCAACCUUGAAGCUCAAUAUAAAGCUAAGUAUCAAUAAGAAGCAGCACACCAGAAAGGGACUUGGAGAGAAAUCAACCCACAUGAUUUACAUCUGUAAAUAGACAUUCAUCUGCAUGGCCUCACAGACGUCUGUUGUAAGCGCAUUACUGUAAAAGUAUCUUUUGUUUAUUUUCACAAACCAAUUGAACAUUUAUAGAGCAUAAAUUCCUUUAGUCAACAACUUCUGUAAUGGCAAGAUGUUUUCAUUGCUAGUAUCAUCUGUGAACUGUUUGGAAAAUAACACAUAUAAACUUGAAGUGAACUUUUAGGCAAGCAGCCCUUUAAACAGGCACUGAUGUCCGGUCACUCAAGUACGGUGGCCCAAUAGUGCACAACAUAACGACAUUUAAAAAGCAAACAUAAGUUCACAACAUAACUGAAUCGAGCCACAGCACAACGAAAUAGAGCCACAACACAACGAAAUAGAGCCACAACACAACGAAAUCGAGCCACAGCACAACGAAAUAGAGCCACAACACAACGGAAAUGCUCCCGACCACUAGGAGGCAUCAGCGCCAGAGAACAUUAAUCAGUAUGCGUGUAGAAGAGGCUGUCGAGUCGUUUGGAGGAGAUUUUACAACGUAAGUACAUUCAACCGGUGCUUUUAAUGUUAAUGUUGCUAUAUAUUUGGAUACAAUUACGUAUAUACAUGCAUAUUACCAAAAUUGUUACGUAAACUAUUCGUCACUAUCCGUUCUUGUAAUUGGAUUGAUCGAAUUCAUUGUUAUUUGUGUUUGUUAAGCAUCCCACAUGAAUAGAUACUAUGCAAUGUUAACUUUCCAGCAGGGUUUAGCUUUAGCUCUGAUGAAACACACCUAUACAAUCUAACCACGCCCGUUCGUCUGAAUGCAGCGCAGAACAAUAGGCAUAUGACAUCAUGACAUAAUCAAAGUAACGCUGCAUAAAGUCGAACAUGCGUACAAAUAGAGCAGCAGACGGGUGUGGAUCCGAGUUGGAGCUAAACUCUGACUGAAAGUUGACAACCUCUGUAGUAUAGUUUGAACUGUAGUAAAAUGUAGUCAAAUAAUUUGGUACUAUAGUAAAUACUGAAAUAAACUACAGUUUACUAUAGAAAAUGCUACAGAAUGAAUUUACUAUUUAUACUAUAAGUAUUUUUUUAUACUACUUAUAAUAUAUAGGCUACUACUAUUUAUUACAGUUUAUCAUAGAAGACUAUAGAAAACUAGAGUUUUUUCAUGUGGGGUAAUGUCAUAAGAUCAUAGUCUCAGUGAACCUCUAAAAUCAAAGGCCACUUGUUUCCUGAAGUGUUUCUUUACAGAUCACAAUGUAUUGUCCGUUUUGUGGCGCUGCAGUGGAAAGCUGUCCUGCAUUUUGCAGUGCAUGUGGCCAUAGUGUAAAAUUUCUGAAGAAUGUUUCCAACAAAGUUCCUGAUGAAAAUCAGCCAAGCACAAGUGAAGCAGGAAAUACAGGGAGAAGUUCAUUGGAUUCCUUCAUGAAGUUCAGGGCUUUGAAAGAGAAGGAGAGGAAAACAUUCUUUACUAAGAAAUGCCAGGCAUCUAAGAAGGAUAAGAAAACUGUAAAGAUUUAUGUUGGAGUUAUGUGGAGACAUAAUGGUGUACUAAAGCCUGUUAGAGGAAAGACCCUGCCUCUUGAGGUUCAACCUAAUUGGUCUUCAGAGCAACUAUUAACAGCUGCUGUAAAAAAAGUAAAAGAUUUUAAUCAAGACAUACAAGAUGGCCCCUAUGUGUUGCUGUACCCCGAUGGAGCAGAAGUGAAACACAUUCCAGGAACAAACACACCCUUCAGAAUAGAACUGUACAAAGAGGCACUAGGGAAGGCUUACCAACGAAUAACUCUCUUCACAUGCACAGUUCAAGACUUUUCAGUCAAUGAUGAUAGUGGAGAUUCUUCAAGUGAAGAGAGCGAAGUGAUCAUAAAAUCUACCUCUAACAGUCCAUACUCUGAGAGUGACACUUUGGUUUGGGACGGACCAAAUGAAGCAAGCACCCCAAAAGCAGAAAGCACAUCAGACAGACCCCCUCAGCCAAUUUUAGACCAAGAAGGAGGAGAGAACAGAACAAAUAUACAAAACCACACACAGGGCCCUCAAAAUUGCUACACAAAUUACACACGGUUGUAUGCACCAAUAGUAAUUAAAAGUGAUUCCGAAGAGUCAGACGGGAGCAGACCUUAUGUUCAAGAGGAAAGCAGGGAUGCAUUAACUGCUGCAGACAUUGUAUCAGAUCUCUCAUCGAAGAUCAUAAAGACAUCUUGCAGCAGAUUCAACAUAAAUCGAGCUAAUGUUUGGGAUGGAGCAGCUCGUGGUUUCAAACGUGCCUCAUAUGACCCCUCACAUGACAUGCUUGUCAAAUUCACAGAUGAUGAAGGGACAACUGAAGAUGCAGUAGACACGGGUGGUCCAAAACGGGAGUUUCUAACCCUCUUAAUGGACUGUUUAAGGACUCGAAGAAUCUUUGAGGGCCCAGAACAUCAGAGAUUUCUCACAUUUAACAGUGCAGCUGCCAGAGAAGAUGAAUACUUUCUUGCUGGAAGGAUGAUCGCAGGUUCUAUAGUUCAUGGUGGUCCAGGUCCUCGCUUUCUCUCAGAGAUGCUGUACAAUAACCUUACUGGGAGGAUUGACUUCGAUGGAACAAUUGAAGAUGUAACAGAUGAGAUCAUGAAGACAGCCUUGCUCGAGAUAUCAGGUGCUGCAUCAUUAGAUGAAUUACACAUGCUCAUUGAUAAGUAUUCCAGCUUGCUGCAGACUGCCGGAUGUUUCGAGUAUCCACAAAGUGUAGAAGGCAAACAGAACAUUGUAAAGGAUUUCAUACAGUGGUACAUAAUAUACAGAAAUCAGUACUCAAUUCAGAGAUUUAGGGAUGGUCUUUCGACAUUGGAUGUCAUCAAUGCCCUGGAGCAGCAUCCAAUUGUAUUCACUCCAUACAUGUGCUGUGGUGUUGAGAAACUCACUCCUGAAUCAUUGGAGGCUAUCUUUAAGGCUCAGCUCAGUGAAGUAGGUAGCACCAGGCGACAAGAAGAAACCAGAAUAAUUGGAUAUUGGAGAGACUAUCUACUUGACACAGGAGAACAAGAAGCAGGACUCUCCCUCCAGGACAUCCUGAUGUUUGCUACAGGACUGGAUUCACUGCCUCCUUCGACAAUUGUCCCUCAACCCAAACUCUGCUUUGAGAGGACCUCCAGCUAUCCUAUUGCUAGUACCUGUACCAACACAAUCAAAUUACCAAUGUCCAAAAGUUAUGAAGAGUUAAAAAAUGCAAUGGACUUUGGCAUACAAAACUCACCUGGUUUUGGAUUGCAGUGAGUAGUAAUGGUUACUGUUUUGUGUUUGUUUGAUGAAAGUUUGAAAUCUUACCUGACU